AUGUCAGCUCAGCCUACGGAGCUGGGCGAUCUGCUCGGGUAUCUGCUCGACGGCAGCAGGCAUGCACAGACAGGUUCCGUCGUCGGCUCACUACUAGCCUCGACGUUCAGCGAGCUCGUCCCUGAUGCGCCGCGACUGCUCUCAGCCGACACGCUGCUAGGCUGGCAGCGAGUCAUACCCGAUCGAGAGCUCUCGCCCGUCCUCAAAUGGUUCACCAAAGGCUCGGUCACUCUCCUUGCCUUGCUCGCCCGGCAACCUGCAAUAGGCACCGGUUUGCAAUAUCGAAUAUAUUCUAGCGCAGAUGCUCCGCUCUCUCAUUGUGGACGCUUUGAGCCAGCGCAGACAGCGGUGAUCUGUCAAGACAAGGCCCCCGCUUCAGGAAAUCUCCUUGGUCAGAACAGGCUUGACAGCGCGAGCGAGGUCUACCAAGACGCGACUGCUGCGUUGGCCGACCUGCUCGACGACGCCUUUGUCGCCCAGUCUAUCAUCGUGCUCGGCUCGAUAUCACAAGUGUAUCUGGACGCGUGUCGGACCAUCACUGCUCCUGCUCGACAACGUCUAUUUGAGAACCUUUGCCUCGAUUUCGCGCGACCGCUCUGCAAUUUCGCAGUGCCGCCACAGGAUCGGACGAUCUUCGAGCUCACGACAGGCCAAGAGGCCUAUCUGGACAGCAUCAGACAUGAUGAGAUUACAAUGAUCGUCAAGGCCAAUCACUAUCCUUUCGAGAUACCCUAUUCGCUUGCGCGCAAUUCCGUCGCGAGCUGUAUUCGCCUGUCAAAGUCAGGCAAGGUCGGCUUCGACGAUCCUUGCAUCUCUUGGUCUCUAGUACAUGCAGACAUGUCACUCGCUUCCUUGCAGACUGUAGCAGAAUACAGAGGGCGCAUCGUACAGCAGGGACUCAAGACGUUGGCAGAGCUCGUCAUAGAUAGAACAGCUCACCUCAUCCGCACCAGAGUCUCACACGAGAUCAGACAGCGUUCCUUGCCAAUCUCGAUUGAUCAGAUUAGCUUGCACGCCUCCUCCGAUCUAGACAAUGCCAGGGCCCACCGCUUCUUCAAAGCUAUCGGAUUCGAACAAGUCGGCAUGGGCACUGCCUGGAUUGGCUUCACGAACGGAAAGGAUCGCGAGGCUUUGGCCGCCUUCGGUGACGUCCUCGCUUCUGCCGGCAUAGACCUGAAGCCACAGUGCUGUAUCGUGUUGCUCCUUUUCGUGCUCGUGCAGGAUACCUGUGCGGUUUCGAGUGCGAGCGUCAACCUUGCUGCCUGUGCCAACGCGCUCGAUCCGCAUGCCUUCGUGCUUUCGAAUGACUUCAACCGGCUGGUCAGACGGCAGAACAGGAGCUCCUCGGCUGCUAGCAGUAGUGAAGCGACCAGCAGUACGACAGAUAUCAGCCUAGUGGCUACGCACCAGAGCACUAGCACUGCCAGCCAAACUUUGUCCGUCGCGAGCUCGAGCGAUGCUCCGGACACAGUGUCGACAACAUCUCCGACCCCAUCUCCCAGCUUGUCCAGCACUGUGUCGAGCACAGUGGCUCCGUCACCGACUGUCAGCAAUUCUGUCAGCAUUCGCAUCUCGACGAUCGACGGCAGAACGACGGUCACGUAUGCCGCCACAAUUCCAGCGGCUGCCAGCCCGACCACUUCAGACUCGGACGGCGCCGCUACUACGAGCAACAGCACAAGUAACACAGUGCCAAGCACAUCAUCAUGGCUCAUACCGACCUGCAUUAUUGCCGGACUUGCGCUCCUUUUCAUGGCCUGCUUCCUCGUCUAUCGCUGCGUCACCGCUUCAAGGUUCUCAGACUUUGAUAGAGAGUUAGGCGGAGCGAUCAAGUGGCCAGAAAUACAAGAUACUCAUGUCGGAACUGGACCGCUGGCGCCUUUCGAGACCCACCGCAUAGCAGGCGCGGGUCUUGCAGACGAAGAUGACAAGUCGAUGCGCUCGCGCUUUGACUCGUCGAAAUCGAGCCGGAUUGCAACCGGCGAAGCCAUAGAGCUGUGGCACAAUCCUUCCGGUCAUGGCACAGGCGGCUCGUUCAAGUCUCACUACUCUGACGCGCAGGGACAGGAGCAACGUCCGUCUCCUCAACGCUCGCCUUCCCAUCUCGCAAAGCAAGACUACGUUCCGCAGCGCAUAGGUACACCGUCGACUAGAAGCUCCGACUCGACACAAGGCCUGCUCGCUCACGGUAGCACAGGGCUAGACUCUCAGCCUGAUCGCACCUCAGUGGAUUCAAGUGGUACUGGCUUCCAGACAGCCGAGCAGAGCUCGCACUAG